AUGCAUGCAUUCCGACGUGGUUUUGCUUUGCCCACGUUCUUUACCACUCCUGCUGUGUUUGUUGCUUUCCUCUUCAUGCUUGGGACGCGCUACAACACAGUUAAGGAUGCCUCUGGUGUUGGGAAUUUUUCUCUGACUAUGUACUGCGAUGGACUUAAUUCUACUCAUGGCAAAGAGGUUCUUGUAGCUGAGAUGCUGUUCAGAGAUGUUAGCUAUGGUUUAUGCAGCAAUAUGAGAGUAGGGGAUCAGAAUGGAUUUGGCGUGGCACUGCUUGGUGUCUCAGCAAUUAGCUGGUGGUUAGGGCUGGCACUUUCCACACUGUAUGUCUGGUUGACAAAUAUGACACGACUUGAAAGGACUACAGAGCUCUUUGUUCGACAGCUGUAUGAAGCUGCAUUCAUAGACCAGUCCAUGCUGCUCAACACACGGUUUCACAUUUGGUUAUCUGAUAUCAAAACCACAGAAGCAAGGCUGGACAGAUACAGACCCAAACAUCGGUCACAAAAAGACCGGUUAAGUUUGGAGGGACAUAUUUACUUUGAUGAUGCUUUUAUUGAGGAGACCGAUGAACAAUCAGGAAAGAAGACCCUAUACACGAAUACACAUGUAGAGCUCCUAGUGAGGGUUAUAGAAGAAGUAUUCAGUUGUCUUCUAAAAGGUGAGGACCGCUGGCUGUGUACGUUGCUUCUACAACAAGGCUGGCAAAUAGAGUACACCGCAUCUUCUGAUUCCUACAGCAAUGCGCCUCGGGAGUUUAAAGAGUUUUACAACCAAAGACGGCGCUGGGCUCCCUCAUCUUUGGCAAACACUCUUGACCUUCUGAACACAGGAAAAGAAACUUCAAAGAGAAAUUCAUCUAUAUCAAGACUGUAUAUCCUCUAUCAGAUCUUACAAACCGCCCUCUCCAUUCUAGCACCUGCCACAGUUUGUCUCAUGGUAGCAGGAUGCUUCACAUUUAUCUUUGGCUUGAACGGAAAUAUCUCCCUUUUUCUGUCUGUUCUUCCUCCAGUUAUCUACACGGUGAUCUGUUUCACGUGUAAAUCUGACAACCAAAUCCUGGUUGCUGGAUUCAUGAGUAUAUUUUAUGCAUUUCUCAUGGCAGCCACCUUCCUCAGCAUUAUAGCUGACAUGGUCAAGCAACAAACAUUCAUCACCCCCAGUGGUCUGUUCUUAAUUUUUUUAGUGGUGCUUUACUUUUUAGCUUCUCUGAUGCACCCCCAGGAAUUCCACCUUGUCCUCUAUGGACUUAUUUAUUUAAUUUGUGUGCCAAGUGCUUAUCUGCUCUUAACCAUAUACUCACUGGUUAACCUGAAUAAUAUUUCCUGGGGAACCCGUGAGACAGUAAACUAUGAGAAGCUGGAAACAAGAAAAACUAAAAAGAAUGUGAAGCAUGAAAAGAAGUGUAAAUGUCUCUGCUGGAAUUUAGAAUUUCAAGUAAAUGAGGACUAG